AAACCCCCAACCCACUCGAGCGAAUCGGUACUACUUCACAUAGAUGAUAAAAUCUGGGGUACUUCUUGUUCCCCGUGGUUAUGUAGGUAUCAUCACAUUUAUCUAGAUUGGGCGCAAUGUAUAGGCUGCAUUUCACUGGCUGUGUAGUCCUCGACGCUAUUUAACCGUCGGGUUGACGCGCUCAUUGACGUCCCGUCUAUCUUAACCGAGCACUUUGCAAGUCGUCAUCAGACAGGGACAGAAAUCUUCGGCAUGGCACUCAACCGACAUUCGGCUCACUGCUGUGCUCGUACCAGACGGGGCAAGUUGGGAAAUGUAAUAAGAACCGAGCGCAUGCUCACAGGAGCGUUGCUUGUGCACUAGUCUUAUGUGUGUUGCUGGGACUUGACAAGUUUCGUAGAGUUAGAUAUUCAGGAUGCAGAUACUUACCGCCCUCGUCGCCCUCACCUCAGUGGCACAGGCACACUACACCUUUCCUGCGCUCAUUGCCGGCAGCGGAGCAACUGGCAAGUGGGAAUACGUAAGGAAGACAACAAACUACCAGAGCAAUGGACCAGUGCCGUCUGUGACGUCCGAUCAGAUGCGAUGCUAUCAGCUCGCUCCAGGCAACGAAGGUGCAAAGACGAUGACAGUCGCAGCCGGCUCGGCAGUCGGUUUCACGGCCGAUGCGUCAGUCUCGCACCCCGGUGUUCUACAGUUCUACAUGGCCAAGGUUCCCGCAGGACAAACAGCCGCCUCAUGGGAUGGAUCCGGCUCGGUCUGGUUCAAGAUCUUCUCCCAGGGUCCCAACAUCGGCCCAAGCGGCUUGACGUGGCCCAGCCAAGGCGCAAGCCAGGUGACGACGAAGAUUCCCUCGUGUAUUCCAGCCGGCGACUACCUGCUUCGCGUCGAGCACAUUGCUCUGCAUAGCGCCCAGUCUGCAGGCGGGGCCCAGCCGUACGUGUCUUGUGCUCAGCUCACCGUCACUGGUGGUGGGAGCAAAUCGCCGACCAACUUGGUUGCCUUCCCGGGUGCUUAUAAGGCGACGGACCCAGGCUUGAUGAUUAACAUUUAUUACCCUGUUCCCACCUCUUACACACCACCGGGGCCUGCCGUCUUCACCUGCUAGACAUGUCCUCAUCAGCCAAUGCAAAUAUACUACGAGGAAUAGAUUGAAGAAAUAGAGAACCGUGAGCUGGGCCCUAACUAGUCUCAAC